UGCGUUAAUCGCUGUUGUCACGGUCAUUGGUUAUACAGAAGAGAAGAUAAUAAACUAAAACAGAGUCUUCAUUCUUCCCAUUUCAAAGUCCAAACCAAACCCAAAAACUGCGUUCUUCGAGAGGAAGGCGAAAAUGGAAGGCGUUGAUCACUUGGCUUUCGAGAGGAACAAGGCGCAGUUCGAUGUUGACGAGAUGAAGAUCGUUUGGGCUGGUUCCCGUGAAGCCUUUGAACUUUCCGAUCGGAUUUCUCGCCUUGUUGCCAGCGAUCCGGCAUUUAGAAAGGAUAACAGAACCAUGCUUGAUAGAAAGGAGUUAUUUAAAAACACUUUGAGAAAAGCAGCUUAUGCUUGGAAAAGGAUCAUCGACCUCCGUCUUAACGAACAGGAAGCUUCUAGGCUCAGAUCCUUUGUGGAUGAACCUGCAUUUACGGAUCUUCAUUGGGGAAUGUUUUUGCCUGCUAUCAAAGGACAAGGCACUGAUGAACAGCAGCAAAAAUGGUUGCCUCUAGCUUAUAAGAUGCAAAUAAUUGGUUGCUAUGCCCAAACUGAACUUGGUCAUGGGUCCAAUGUUCAAGGGCUAGAAACAACUGCAACAUUUGAUGCUAAAACAGAUGAGUUUGUUAUCCAUAGCCCCACCUUGACUUCAAGUAAAUGGUGGCCUGGUGGAUUGGGUAAAAUAUCGACGCAUGCUGUUGUCUAUGCCCGUCUAAUUACUGAUGGUCAAGACCACGGAGUGCAUGGUUUCAUUGUCCAGCUGCGGAGCUUGGAUGAUCACUUUCCUCUUCGUGGCAUUACUAUUGGUGAUAUUGGUAUGAAAUUUGGAAACGGAGCAUAUAACACCAUGGAUAAUGGAGUUCUAAAAUUUGACCAUGUACGAAUUCCAAGGAAUCAAAUGUUAAUGAGGGUUUCACAGGUUACCAGAGAAGGAAAAUAUAUGCACUCCAGUGUUCCAAGACAAUUAGUCUAUGGUACUAUGGUAUAUGUGAGACAAACAAUUGUAUCUGAUGCAUCAACUGCUUUGUCUCGAGCAGUUUGCAUUGCUACAAGAUAUAGUGCUGUUCGAAGACAGUUUGGAUCUCAUAAUGGAGGUCCAGAAACACAGGUGAUUGAUUACAAAACACAGCAGGCUAGGCUCUUCCCUUUGCUGGCUUCUGCUUAUGCUUUUAGAUUUGUUGGUGAGUGGCUGAAAUGGCUUUAUAUGGACGUGACACAAAGAUUGCAAGCUAAUGAUUUUUCAACAUUGCCUGAGGCUCAUGCGUGCACUGCUGGAUUGAAAUCCUUGACAACUGCAGCAACUGCUGAUGCAAUUGAAGAAUGCCGUAAACUAUGUGGUGGUCAUGGUUACCUUUGUAGCAGUGGUCUCCCUGAGUUAUUUGCAGUUUAUGUUCCAGCCUGCACAUAUGAAGGAGACAAUACUGUGCUGCUUUUACAGGUGGCAAGGCAUCUCAUGAAGAGUAUUUCUCAUCUGGGCUCUGGAAAUAAGCCUGUUGGUACUACAGCUUAUAUGGCUCGACUGGAACAACUGAUGCAAUAUCGCUCUGAUGUUAAAAAAGCUGAGGAUUGGUUGAAGCCUAAUGUAGUGCUGGAAGCUUUUGAAGCUAGGGCUGCUAGGAUGUCUGUUGCUUGUGCUCAAAAUCUUAGCAAGUUCACUAAUCCUGAAGAGGGUUUUCAGGAGCUCUCACCUGAUUUAGUUGAGGCAGCGGUUGCACAUUGCCAGCUAAUUGUUGUUUCCAAAUUUAUUGAGAAGUUGCAGCAAAGUAUACCUGGAAAGGGUGUGAAACAGCAAUUAGAAGCUCUUUGCAGCAUUUAUGCCUUGUUUCUUCUUCAUAAGCAUCUGGGUGAAUUUCUUUCCACUGGCUGCAUUAACCCAAAACAAGGAUCACUUGCAGAUGAGCAGCUGAGAAACUUGUACUCACAGGUUCGUCCAAAUGCAAUUGCACUCGUUGAUGCAUUUAAUUACACUGAUCACUACCUUGGUUCGAUUCUUGGGCGUUAUGAUGGAAAUGUGUAUCCGCAGUUGUACGAUGAGGCAUGGAAGGAUCCUUUGAAUGAUUCAAUUAUUCCUGAUGGCUUUAAAGAGUAUGUUCAACCUAUGCUUAAGCAACAACUACGUAAUGCUAGACUCUAGUUGAUUUUAUAGCUAUGCUGUUUUGUAUCUAAGAAAUUUAUCAGCACUAUCGUGGUUUACAAGUGUCAAUAAAUUUAUCACAAGGAUAAAUAAAUUUAUAGUUCUUAAUAUAAGAUAUUU